AUAGUAUACAUAAUAGAAAAUAAGCUUCAGUUAUGUCACUUUGAAUCUUCAAAAUAUGUGAUUAAUUUGAAAUCAUUACAUUGGAAGCGUUACGCAUCUUAUCACUUUGUUGCAAUGACGUAGUUGGUAUUAAAAAGCAAAAUGGCUUCUAAUGCAGCUACUCUGUCUGGUCUAGAAAAUUUACUAAAUGAAUUUUUUGAGGCUAGCACCAGUAAUGAACGAAAACAGCAAAUAGAAACACUUUUAAAGAAUUUUGGACUACAGGAAGGAGCAUGGCAGCAAUGUGUUUACUUUCUUACAAAUUCAUCAAACUACUUUGUCCACAUGUACUCCUUCAGUAUAUUUGAGACAAUGGUUAAUCAAAAAUGGCAUGGAGUGGCUGGCCAAGACAAGCAACAAAUUCGUAAAUUUCUGCAUGAGUUUUUAGCUUCCAAAAGUAAAGAUGUUCCCCCGUUUAUACGAAACAAAUCGAUAAAAGUUAUAGUUAAUAUUGGUCGAUUGGACUGGCCCAUGUUUUACCCUAUGUUCUUUUCUAAUAUUAUUCAGCUUAUUCGGAACACAGAUACAACUUUAAUUGGAGUGACUGCAUUGCAGAUGGUGUCUGAAGAAUUCAUUUCACCUCGCGAAGAUCUUAGUAUGACUCGACGUGUUGAACUAAAAGAAGCCCUACUACAGCACAUACCAAAUGCUCUAUUGUUACUUACCGAACUUCUCAAUACUAUUCUAAAUAAAUACAAACGUAUAGCAACCACAGUUACACCGCCACCAUCACCCAACCCUCAUUCACCACACCAUACACCGUUUCAUUCACCUUAUCAAUCUCCUGGUCAUUCACCAAAUCAUCGUUAUCAGGCAAUUUCCCCUUCACCAUUACAAAAGCAAGAUAUUUUGAGUCCUUUGCUACCUAUGGAUGUGCAAUCUGAAGAACUGUGUAUUUGUGUGUUUAACUGUUUGACGCAAUAUAUAUCUUGGUUACCCUUGUCUCGCUUCAUAACUCCACUGUUAGUUACAAAGAUCUUCAACUUUGCAGAGUAUGGAUGUAGUGUGGCAGUAAAUGGAAGUGAUGCAGCUGGAAAUCAAGUUGGUAUUCAUGCUAUGAAUUGUAUAAAUGAAAUUCUUUCAAAGAAAUUUGUACCGGCAGAGUAUGAAACCUUUCUCCUGCAAAUGUUUCAACAGACGUUCAAUCUGCUGCAAGUGAUAACAAAGGGAAGCUCUAGCAUGAUUAGCAAUAAGAUUUUGGAAAAUAUGGAUGAAAGUUAUUUAGAGAAGUUUACAGAGUUUCUGAAUCUUUUUGUUGGUAAUCACCUCAAGAGGUUCGAGCCACACGCCCAUUUUCCAACAUUGGAGCUUCUGACACUUCUAUUGAAAUACACUAUGGUGCAGAAAACUCCUGAAAUGUUUAUUUCAUGUCUGGAGAUUUGGACAAUAUUUUUGGAUUAUCUAAUCGACAAAGUAACGGCGUGUAUUACUGCAAACUUUAAAGCAGCUGCAGCUGAGAAAUAUCUACCAUGCCUGCUUGACUUUUUAACUGAGUUGUUGUUAAAAUUUCAAUUUCGACACAAUCAUGCUUGGUUAAGCGAUCUUGAUAUGGAAAAACUUGAUGGUGAUUCUGAAACAGAAUGGGAGAAAUUUCUUCAGCCUUGUCUGGAAGUUCUUGAAAAAUUGUCAGAACUUUUGCCAGAAGAAACGUUUUCUAAAUGUUCACAUAUAUUUCAACAAAAUUUGGAUGUCUAUUUUGGCCUAGCGGCUCACAUUAGCAACAAUGUUCUAAACGUGAGUGGAGAGGAUGAGUGUCAGAAAUUGCGAACUACAUUAUUAGAUUUGAGCACAUUGUUUCGUGUGAUGGGGAGGUUAUCUUCGUUGUUCACUGAUGAAGUUAACUUUCAAGCUCGAUUUGAACAAGCUCAAUCUCUAGUGGAAAGGUUAAUACAAGGAGCAAUGUUCGGUGGUUAUUGCAAAACAUAUUCACUUCAGACCUCUCAAAAUUACAUAUUACACCACCUUAUUGAAGUACAUGCUCAAGCGAUUGCUUCUGUGCAAGCAUAUUCACACUGGCUCAUCAAGUUUCAUAAUAUCGCCAGUGGAGAAUCAUCUUUAAUGGAAAAAUUCCAAUCCAAUAUAGCAUCAGCUUUAGACAGUGUUGUGAUAUUGUUCGAACCGCAGGUUCCUGCACGAAUUAUGCUUGCUGCUGCCCACUUGUUAGUUUCAGUGACAACAACAAUCAGACCAAGAUUUUUUCUUGCUCUUGCGCAAGCACAGAAACUCUAUCAAGAAUCAGAUGAUAAAUUAAAGCAAUGCAACUUAGAUGUGAAAACCCUAGUCUACAGAGCUCUAUCAAACGCUCUUGUUUUACCAUGGCCAUCAUUAGCUGAUAGCCUGCAGGAAUGGGAAGUUCGCUCAUCGAAUCACAAAAAUUUCAUCUCAUCAAUAUGUAAAGAACUUGGUGGCAUUCCUGAUCAAAGUGUAUUAUGUUCCCAGCCUGAAGAGAAAGAAAAAUGGAAACCUAUCAUUAAAUGUACGUGUCAUAUACUGAGUGAUAUAAUCGAAUCAAUAUCCGGUGAAGGUACAAAGUCGAGAAAAAUUAUUUAUUCGUCUGUUGAAUCAAUUAUUGCUUUAUGUUCGAAACUCGUAGCCACAUAUGUUACGGAUGCAGAUGUAGCUGACAAGAUCUUAAAUGUGUUAUUAGUUAGCGUGAAAAAUUUGAAAGUGCAAAUGGGUACAGCUAUUGUGGAAGAAAUCAUAUCGAGUUUGUUGGAACUUUUAAAAAGAGAUGCAAUGUUGCAAAUUGUUAAAACCGGUGACGCUUCUGGCAUAAACGCAUUGGAUAAGUUUAUGAAGAUCCUUGAAUUUAUUGUUCAAGAGCCGGAUGCAGCAUUUAAGAAGUUGCUCCCAAGUGUGAUUACAUUUGCAGUGGAACAUAUUAAUCCUGUGUUGAAUGAACAUUCUGUUCCAGAUUUAAAGAUGGAGUUGUUGGAAUUGUAUCAUCAGCUGUUGUUGCAUAACUGGAGAUAUUUCUUCAAAUCCACUGUCAUUUCCAAAAUGAAUGGAGAAGACCAAUUGCAACACGAAGAUCAAUUUUUAGCCAUCCUUAAAGCAUUUGGACAACCUUUACUGGAGACAGAAAUUGCACUUUUUAAAAAAUCUAUCGAAGUAUUGGAAAGUGUGAACACAAAAUAUCAUCUUUAUCAAAAGGCUUUAUUUCAAUCUACUAUGCUUUCAAGCUUUUUACAAGUGUUGUUGAAUGCUUUGAUACAGAAAUCUCAUAAUCUCCUGCAAGAAGAAAUCGUUCAAGCCGUUCAUAGUAUGGUUUGCUCAAAUUUUGAUGCUUUCUUCGCGCAGUUCGUUCCGCAUUUUCUGAUGAACCUCGAAGGUCUUACUGACCAUCAGAAGUCGCAACUUCAUCAAAACUUACAACGACAUCAGGAUAUACCAUCAUUCAGCAGCUCUUUGCAACAAUUUAUAGGCGAUCUACGUUACUGUCAAAUUAUCAAUAGUAGUCUACCCACAGGAACGAUUUCAUUGUAAACGAAGUAUUGAGGAUAGUAUAAUACAGCUGACUGUGCUGAUGAUAACUUCUUUAGGGCGCGGCCUACGUUGGUUUCUUUUGCUAUUUUUCUUUAAGAUAAGAAGGGUACGUGUGUCUAGAAUGCAAAUUUAAAAAACAGACAUCUUAAUGUAAGACAAAUAUGGCCGCAUUCAACAGUUUCUGAUUGGCACCUUUUUAUAUCCGCUGUCUGUAAAAUAAUCCUUGAAAAAAAUUUUUAAGUAAAGUAUUAAAAUUAGUCUGAUAUCCGGACCCUAAAAUACUGUUCUAUAAUUUGAAGGGAGGAUAUUUUUACUCGGGAUUUCUUCACGUUUUCCAUGGUUACUUAGAAGUUAUUUUUAUGAUAAAUCGCGAUUAUUUUGAUACGUUUAGUUAUGUUAUAUGCAGAGAACAUUUUACAACUUUAUAUCGGUGUGUAUAAAGAAGGGGCGAGUUUAAAGCUUUGUGCACAUAGCCGAACAGAGAAAAGAUUUAUAUUUUAUUUAAAAUAGAAGAGAGAUUUUUGAGAACUUUUUUUUUGACAGAUUUAUUUAUGUUUUACAGUAUUUGUUCAUCUUUGUUCAUGUCUAACCUUAAGAAGCUUUUCCUUACAUGAUAACUUUUUGAGAGUAUAGCUACCAACGAUAAUAUUGGCAUAAAAAAGUUAUUUAAAAAAAUAUUUUUUAUAUUAUGUUUAGAUGUGGAAGCGAGGCUUGGUUUCCAUAGCAAUUUUAAUAGUUGUCAUAGAAGCGGUUUUCACACCUUCGUAAAAUUUACAUCCUUCUCAGUUCCCAAAUACCCUGAAAACACAAAAAUUAUUUGUUUGUGGAAGAAACUUUUGCGGUUUAGCUGUACCAUAAAAUCUUUUUAUUUUACAGGAGAGAAUUUCGCAGUUCAACAAAAUAAGAUUGGCGUUGUAUAGCGUUUUCUACUUCAUUUUGAUAUUCCAUAUUCUUUAUGGAAAAACUUAAGAAUUGAUGAUGUGUGUAAAGUGAAAUUUGAACAUGUUUCUUGUGUUUUUACCUGUUUAGUACUACACUUCCUAUUUUGGAAGAAAAGAAUAGUAUAAUCUUAUCUUCCUUUCAUUUUUCUUUACCAGUAAAAUCUAAAAAACUAUAAAAAAAAUCAAUUCUUAUUCUCGAACAAUUUACAAUUUGGGUUUGACAAAAGGGCUGCAAAACCACAGAAGUUGUUAUCAAUUUUUUUUUCUCCAGAAGGUUACGCAACUGUCUAUUCAUGGAAGCCAAGCUACUUUUUAAGCCAAACCUUAUUAGAACUGAUUUAAAUUUUAUCACACAUUUCUUGUUGUAAUUCGUAAAAUUGUAGAUAGAUUGUCUCCCUAUUUGUGUUCAA